AUGAAUUAUGAAAAAGAAAAAAAGUAUGAUAAUGAAUAUGAUAAGAUUUUAAAAGAUAGAAAACUUAAGCAUGAACAAUUAAGAAGAAAGAAUUAUAAGCAUAAUAAAUUUAUAUUACCUUUAAUUAACUUAAUAAAUAAUAUUAUCAAUUUUCUUAAAACAGCUUUUAAUAUAAUAAAUAUAUUUUUUAAAACUUUACUUGGAUUAUCUAAUAACGAUAAUGUAUCUAAUAGAAACAACUAUGAUAGUGAUGACAAUUUUCACAAAAAAAAAAAAUAUGGAGACCUUCGAAAAAAUAAAAUAAUGGAAUUGAAAAAUUUAGGUACGUGCUUAGGUAGUACUUGAGGUUAA